ACACUACGCUCUGAACGACGAGGGAUGGAUUAUACCAGUAGAGGGCUCCCGCUACCAGUUAAAGGAUACCAGUGACGUAAUAAACCUCCUAGAACAGGAUACUAGAUGGAACAGAAUUGUAGAGAUUUACCAACAGCUGGUAACAAAGCAGCGUGCGCUAAAGAAGAUGUGGAAGCUUAUUCGUACAGAAUUAGACAUUGCAAAGUAUUUGGGUAGUGAUGCACAUUGUCAAGAAUCAGUGCCACUGUAUCAAAUAGAUUGGUACACAACACAAUUUUCAAUUUCUCAAGGAGUAGCCUGGGAAGAAUAUGAGCUCGAUAAAAUGAGUUAUGAUGGAAAGGCUCGGAUCCCAGAUUGCAAGAAGUUGUCUUCACUUAGUUUCAGCAUGGUUACCUAUGACCACUUACUAGGUAUGCAGGCAAGGGAGCAUCUAAUAUCUCAUCUGGAGCCAGUAAUUGCUGACCAAGUUAACCAUUUUUUUCAUAUAAACAUGGAAAAGUAUGGUCACUGGCUAGCAACAGCACUUAAGCGAAAUACGUCUUCUUGGCUGCAUUACAAUCUUGCUGCCAUGUAUUGGAGAUAUCAAGGAAAUCCAAGUAUGGCUAUGGAAUGUGCUAGAAGAUCUGUGUUUCAUGCUCCAAGAGAUUUCAAGGACAUUCCACUCUUAACCAUGGGAACCAUAUUUCAUAAUUCAGGCUUUAGUACAGAUGCACUUGUUGUCCUUGAAGCAUCCAUAGAGCACAACCUUGGACUUUGUUUGAAUCAUUAUGUAAUGGGUCAUGCAUAUGCAGUCCAAGGCCAAUUCAAACAGGCAGUGAAACAUUACAACAUGAGUUUGCUUAUUAAGCCAGAUUUCGAACAUCCAGUAUUGUACCGACAUGCUGUGCAUUGCAUUGUGAAACUUUUGGAUCAUUUGAAUGCUGCUUUGGCGCUGAUUGAAAAGUUUUCCAAGGAAGUAUCAGCUUAUUGUGAACUAGAAGGGGUUUGGUUUAGAACUCAAGCUGCAUUUCUUAAGGUGCUAAGUACCACUUCUCACGUUGUUUCCGAUUACAGAUCAUUUGAGGAUAACGUCAAAAAGAUGUCUCGCCUUCUAAAAGUAGACAUCAAUCCUAUUAAAAUGACUGGUGAAAGAUUAAAUUUUAUAAAACAUUUGCUGGAACAUACGAAGUAUGAAGGAUCUGCAAACGGUGUCCAUGCUCUAAAAGCCAUAUAUCACUGGAAAAAUGUGGUUGAUCAUAUUCAUAAACUUGAAGGUCGAGCUUCGGAAUUUGUCGUCCGUUCUGAUGAACUGAAAAAUAAUUAUACUACUCCUACUCCUACUAUUGUUAUAAAUCUUAACCAGAUGGCCCAAGAAACAGAAAAAUUCAUGCACCCUCAUGAGAGGAAGAGAGAAUCUCAUAAAAAAAAGAAAGAAUUAGAAGAAAAAAAGAAAAAAUCUCAAGAAAAAAAGAAGGAAGCUCGCGAUAAAAAGGAACAAUCUAGUCAACCCAAAAAUGAGCUCAUUGAGUUUGCAAUUGGUGAACAUUUAUACAUUUUGCCAACGAACGCAGACCAACAUUCCAAAUACUUCGACAUCGACGAAAACUGGCCAACAAACAGUUUCUGCAAAGACAUAGCAUCUCAGCUACCAGAAGAUAUGGAGGCUAUCUACCCUGUGUUUUUGCCAUUCGAAAAUAAGGGAUUAAGACUGAACAAACUACUGACUGACAAGAUCGGUGUACCGGCGACCAUUGAACACGAGCUACCGUGGCAUCCACCACAGUGCCCGCAAGAUAAGGAUGCUGAUAAGUACACACAAAAGAAAUAUCAACGACCACAAAUCGGGAAUGAAGCAAUCAAAGACGUGUCACACCUAAAAGUGAAGCUUCUCGAAUACGUAGGCGAUGGCGAAGUUGAGACGGUCAAGAACAUGCAAGAAGCCGAGAUCGGACAGCGCAUUCACUCCGCUGUGCAGAUGAAUUUAGCUCCAAAAUGGAUUCUCUACACGCUCACAUCAUUGUACUGGCGUGUGCGCAGCAACAAUGCAUAUGCCCUUAACUGCCUAAUUGGCGCUAAAAGACUAAUUCAAGAUCUAAACUACAGGGACCUAGUUCUAGUGUCAUUGUCGUCUGUAUUUUUGGAGAUGGGAUUCUUUGAAGAGGCUAAGUCUGCAGUUGACGAGGCUUUCAAAAUAAAUAUUUUUGAACCAGCAACAAACUUCAUUCUCGCCGAAGUAAACAUGAUUAAUAAGAACAGCGUGGCGCACAUGUCCCAUUUAAAGAUAAUCGGUCGCGUCGAGCCUAACUUUAUGGGCGGCGUGAGCAAAAUGUUAUUGGAUGGAUGGGCCUGUAUUUACCGACAGGCUAAUGUUCUGCAGAAAAUUGACAUGAACAUCUUAGACGAGGAUAGCAUUUGCACGGAGAUGGAGCCGAGUCUCUACAUGCGCUGCAACAGCGAAGGCUACAACUGUGACGCAUCUAAUAAGCCGUGUCCAACUUCACACAAAUCCGGCACAAGUGCACUAGUUCGUAUGAUGAAAGAGAACGUAUUGGAGCACGAGUUUCUUAUGGAAGAGAAUCGGUUCGACGCCGUGAUCACCAACAUGCCCAGUGAUACAACAGACAAGGCCGGCCAUAUACAAAAUUUUCAGCUAUUCAUGAAGACCAUAGAGAAAUCUCUCAUUCUAUGCGCGGAAUAUGGUUGCCUUAAUAAUCACUGGGAGCCAAAGACAUUGUCCAGGCCAAACUGUGAUCUCGAUCAAGAGCUUGGAUUCUGGCUGCAACUGGCCGUCUUCGCAUAUCUUAUGUCAAGUGAAUUCACAAGAAUCACCAAAGAUAUUCCAAUACUGACCCCAGACGCAAUAAAAGAACCAGAAUGCCAGUUAGACGGGGAUCCAUCCGAGGAUUACUUUCUUGAGAGAUUGACUACGGUGGAUACACAAAACUGGGAAGAGAAUGAGAAUCUGAUGCAUUACAACUCUGGGCUUUACGAAGUUACCAAUUACGCGGUGCUUGGUGCUAAAAUUGCGAAAUACGUGGAAACCCGUCCCCAGUCUUGGAUGGGCGCGCUGGGCGCCGGGUGGUGGUGCGGUGCGAAGGGGCGCGGCAAAUGCGCCGUUCGCUGUUUCGCUGCGUCUUUCGCCAACGCGCCCAAAGAGGAUGCUUCCCACGCAAUCAGAUCCCUCGUUACUCUACUGCAAAUGCAACAGAAACCGAAAGACGCAAAAGAGAUUGCCUUACUCUCCUGGUAUUAUUCACCUAGGUAUGGUGUUGACGCAUUUAUUGCGGGAAUAGCACACACAGACAAUAAGCAAUACAACCAAGCUCUAUGGAUGUACCGUUAUGCCUUAACUAUGGACAAAGACAUCCCAUCGGCCAUGGGCUGCGUGCAAUUCACUCGGUGCCUGCGCGAUUUUGGUGGCAAAGAUCAGUUGACAAAUGUUAAAUAGGAAAAAUUUCAAGGUCAGUUAAAAGGUUUUUGUAGUGGUUUUAUUAUUGGAUAUUAGGACGAUAGAU